UUAAAUAGUGUAUGUGAUUGUGCAGUUAAAAUGCGUCGUGUAAAAAUGAAUUUGGAUCCCGAUCUGGGUGAUCUCGAAGAGAUGUUAGCGCACGUACAAAAUCAAUUGGAACACGAAAUAGAUUUGGAAAAGGAAUCGAAAAUACCAUCAGUUGUUAACGUACAAGAAUCACCAAAACCUAUAAAGAAAAAUACAAUGAAAUCCGAUACGUUUGUGUAUCGUCGUCAAGCACCACGACCGCCAUUAACAAGGAUGAACAGCGAUAUAAAUGGUAACGAAUCACCAAGCGAAGAGAGAAAACAUUACGAGAAUUUACGUGGGUCACAGAGCAGUUUGAAAUCAGAUGAUGCAGUAUCCCAAAUCUCGUUUCAGUCGUUCCGUUCGGAGCCAGUACAGAGACUGUCUUUGUUCAACAUGUCUGAUAAAAGAGUGUCCUCAUCUUCAUUGAAUGGUAAAGGAAGAACGGCUACUCUACCACGUGGAUACGGUUCUACCAAAGACAAGAAUUGGGAGGACUAUUGGGCUUUCGAGCAAUCAAUAAGCAGUGCGCGGGCGUCAGUGAUGGUGUACGAUGACCACGCGAAACGCUGGAUCCCAUCCGGCUCCAGCUCCGGCCUCUCCAAGGUCCACAUCUAUCAUCACACGCAGCACAACACCUUCCGUGUCGUCGGCAGGAAACUGAAUGAUCAUGAGGUGGUAAUAAACUGCGGCAUAGUCCGCGGUCUCAAGUACAAUCAGGCGACAGCCACCUUCCAUCAAUGGAGGGACGCGCGACAAGUGUAUGGCCUCAACUUUUCCUGUCGCGAAGAUGCUGAUAGCUUCGCGAGGGCAAUGAUGCACACACUUGAGAUCCUCGCGAACAAAGUGACGAACAACUCGGCCCCGCCCCCAGCGCCGCCGAACCCGCCCGCGUACAACGGACACGCGCACUACGACGAGGAUAUGGGGUACAGAACAAUGACACGAGAGGAUGCGGCAAUGCUGCAACAACCGCAGUACCACGCGCCGCAUGUACAACACAACCCACCACAAGUCCACCAACCAAUGCAACAGUAUCACCAACCGAGCCAAUAUCAUGCACCACAUCAACAUCAUCAGGUAAGAUCCUUUCCCAGACGAAUUGUAUACCUCCUCUAUAAUUGUUGUUCAGGUUGCAAAACAAUCGACAAUCGCAGAAUAGUUCAAGCGGCCCCCGCAGACUCGUCGCCGCCGGGGGGCGCGGAGCACUCGGGCUCCUCCUCCUCGUCAGGGUCUGGGCGCGCGGCCGGCACGCUGCACUGCAUGAUGCACGAGAUGGCGCGCACGCUGGCCCGUCGCCGCGCGCAUCUCGAUAAAGCUGAGGAGUCGUCUGCGGACAACUCGGCGACAUCAACUCCGCUAAAGACAUGGGAGCGCUCCGCCACGCUGCCGCACAGGCUGCCCGCCGCCUGCAAUGGCAACACUCCGAAUUCUGAAUCCCCGCAACAGCCGCCGCAGUCUCCGCGCUCCGUUCGUAAGCGCUUCGGUUCCGCCAGCGAGGAAACUAUACUCAAGCAGGUAAACGGCGGCGAGGGCGGCUGCGUGUCUGCAGCGGAGUGGGACGCCUUCAAGCAGGACGUGCUGCGCGAGAUGCGCACGCAGCUCAACCAGAUCAAGAAGGAGAUACUAGAUGCAAUGAAGGCGGAAUUCGCGCGCAGGUAAAGGCGGGGCGCGCGCAGAGUGAAACUAGUCUGCCGGACAGCGGUGAACAUUUAUUUUGUUAGAAUUACGAAAAACGGACAAAUCUUUUGUUUUAUUAUUACAUUUUUUGUAUUUGAUAUAUGUCAACUGUCACUUUGACAGUUGUCGACUCUGUCGUUUAUACUCUAUGAUUUGUAUUGACUUUUUAAGAAUGAAAGUAAAAAUUGUUAUGCCAUAAGGAAAUUGGCUGUAAAUUAAGAAAUCAGAAAUAUUAAGCUGAUUUAAAAAUAUGAUUUGUAAUACAAUUUAUUUUGGAAAUGUUUUUAAUUUCAAAAAAAUAUUGAUUACGA